AUGGAGGUCCUUCCCGCGGGCGGGACGCGGGACCCGCUGCGAGCCGAGGAGGAGGAGGAGGAGGAGGGGGCGGCCGCCGCAGGGCACCCGGCGGGCGAGGGCGACGGGGAGCCGCAGCCCCCCGGCCGCACGAGCCGCACGGCGUCCCUGGUGAGCGGGCUGCUCACCGAGCUCUACAGCUGCACCGAGGAGGAGGAGGUGGCCGCCGGCGGGGACCGUGCGUCCCGGGGCCGCCCCCCGCGCAGCGACAGCCUGGAUAGCUCCACCGAGACCUCGGGUUCCGACGUCUUCCUGGGCGGCCGCGCCGUGGGCGACUCCCGGGUGCUGCAGGAGCUGCGCGAGCGGCCGAGCCUGCGGCUGCAGAUGCAGUACCUGCGGCGGAAAGACUCCAGUGAGCUGAAGAUCAUCCUUCAAGAGCUGAAGUACAGGAUCGGCAUCCAGUCGGCGAAGUUACUCCGGCAGCUGAAGCAGAAAGACCGGCUUCUGCAUAAGGUUCAGAAGAACUGCGACAUUGUCACAGCCUGCCUGCAGGCUGUGUCCCAGAAGAGAAAGUUACACCGUUUCGGACUGUCUCCUCAAAUCCGGGAGUGUUUCACAAAGCCCCCGAUGCAUGGACAAGAGAAGUAUGCCGGAGUUACGGGGGAUGACUCCUUUUCCUGA